GGGAUUCCGGUUUUUCCAGUCGGCUCCUUCUGGUUUAAAGCCCGGCAGAUCUGAAUCCUCCUCACUCUCUCUUCAGCUUCAGCAGCAGCAGCAGCAGCAGCAGCAGCAGCAGAUCCGCGGAAAUGGCUUCCAACACUGUAACGAUGGGCCACCUGCCCAGCGGCGUGGGGGUUUGCACCACCAUUCCGGACAUCCUCUACGUGCCUGAACUGAUCUUCGGAGGCCUGGUGUGGAUCCUGGUGGCGUGCACGUACGUGGUACCGCACAACCCUCAGGGCUGGGUCAUGUUUGUCUCAGUCUUCUGCUUCGUCAUGACCUUCAUCUGGUUGGUGGUGUUCGCCUGCGGUUCCCACGGCAACUCCAGUGGCUGGGCAGCUGCAGACUUUAUCUAUCACCUCAUUGCCGUCGUCUUCUACCUCAGCGCCUCAGUUGCUCUGGCUAAAGUGACCAUGGACUUCAAAUCCGAUCCCUUCACUAAAGACUACAAGCUGGAUAUCUCUGCGGUUGUUUUCUCGUAUGUGACAACUCUGCUCUACUUCGUCCACACGAUACUGUCGGCUAUUCGAUGGAAAUCUUUCUAAACUCCUGACGCGACCUCACGAGAAGUGAAAGGACAGAACUGACUUUUUAUCGCUGAACAUGAAACUGUGGCCUGCUGGAUGAUGGGGACGCUGGGAGUGAUGGAGGCCACCAGUUUACAGUUUCUGUGUGGAAACCUUGAAGCUGCAUCUGGUUUAUUGCAGCUUCUCAGCUUGGAGAUGAACAAGCACCCAGCUGGUUCCACACAAUUACUUUAUGAACAUAAACCGACUCAUUUAAACAGAUGUGACCAUUACUGUAACCCAAUUUGUUAAAAUGUUUACUUCAGAACAAUUUACAAAAUAUUUUAAACUUUUGGUAAAAGUUCCCUAAUAGUCAGGUUAAAGUUUUACUAUGAUUGAAUUAUGAGACUUUUUUUUAAUACAGUCUAGAAAUAUGAGUACAUUAGCUUGCUUAAUAACUUUUACCUCAUAAGUAUGUUAAAUAUAAGGUUUGUUACCAGAUAGUGCUUUUUACUGCCUAACAUGUCAAUUCAAAAUUUAUAUAUUUACCUUUUCACUCAUUUUCUCUAAUUAAAACAUGAUAAUUCGAG